AUGGAAGAUGACGACAGAAGAAGACGCCGCAAAGAGAUGAGAGAAAGAGAGAGGAGAGACAGAGAGAGGCGUGUGGAGAGUGGAAGAGACGAUCACUGGAGUAAUAAAAAGUACGAGUGGAGGAGAAUAACAGAGACAGACAAUGGAAGAGACCGUAGGGAAGAUGAAGAGAGAAGAAGGCGACGCGAAGAGAUGAGAGACAGAGAGUGGCGUGUGGAGAGUGGAAGAGAUAGAGAAGGUCAUUGGAGUGAUAAGGGGAGAAGAAGAGAAAGAGACAAUGAGAGAAAGGAUAGAGCUGAUGCUACAAGAGAUCUCGGCAGCUUAAUCGUGUACUCCUCCGUCGACGUGGACUCGGUCCAGCACGCGACGAAUGGAGAAGAUCCUUCUAGUAUUUUGAUUUUGCCCCUCGGAUUCUCCGUUGUCCCCUGA